ACAAUCAUUGGAAUGAGAAUGCGACCAGGAUUCAGCAUUUGUCCUCUGGUGCGAUGUCGUCUUUUGAUGUGUAUGGUCAUCUGUCGUGCACUCUUUCCAGUCAUCGCAUCAAGUGAAAUAGUCGGUGGAUCACUGGCAAAAAUCUCCAGCAUGCCAUUCUUGGUGUCCGUGAGUAACAGCAAAGCGCAGCAUUUUUGUGGGGGAGCAAUCAUAUCCCCCUCAUGGGUGGUCACGGCGGCGCAUUGUGUGGUUGGUAAAUCAGCCGGGGAGAUUUUCGUCCGUGCAGGAUCCCAGUACAAGGGCCGAGGAGGGCAGCUUCGGAAUGUAAGCAGCAUAGUGGUUCAUGAGGAAUUUGAUGUCUUCACCGCAAAUGAUCGUGAUAUCGCCCUGCUAGAGCUGGAACCACCGCUCGAGCUUGGGGACAACGUUCACUCGGUACCCAUGGCCGACUCGCGGGAUCAUUUUGGCACCGGAGAAAUGUGUCUCAUUGGAGGCUGGGGAGUCAUUGAAUAUCCAAAGAAAUAUGGAAGAGGCCUGAGAAUAGCAAUGGUCCCACUAGUAGGUAAGGACGUCUGCCAGCAAUCAUAUGACCCGGAUGCGAUUGUGACGGAUGCAAUGCUAUGUGCCGGUGGAACCGGCCCGGAUGCAUGUCAAGGUGAUUCAGGUGGACCAUUGGUGUGCAGGGGAAAGUUUGUCGGAAUUGUUUCGUGGGGACGUGGCUGUGGAGCAAAAGGAGACUAUGGUGUAUACACCAGCAUUGCUGCUUUAAAGGUUUGGAUUUUGUUCCAGACUGGUAUAAUAUAGGAACAUGAAACAAAAUAUUUUUGCAAAAGUUAUAGAACAAAAAAAUUACAAAUAUAUAGAACCCACAUCCUGUAACACCAAACUGAAAAUAAGUGUUACUGAUGUGAGAAACUCUGACAUCUGCAUCAAAUCCUUUGAUUUGAUGAUCUCUGACCUUUCUUGAAUAUGAGAAUCGUAUAGAUGACAGAGAGUCGGGGUAGAAAGUUUAUUUCUGCCUCAAUCUAGAACUUUUUUUCUCACUAUUGGGUUGCUCAACCAGUUUUGUUGUUUGAAAAGAAAUGAUAUUAUUGGAUUCGUUGUUUUAUAUUUCUAAAGCGCUACUACACGAGUCAACUCAAUCGUAUACUAACAGCUGUAAAAUGUU